AAGAAGAGAAGGCAGCAAGAAGAAAGAAGGCGAACGGAGAGGCUGAGGAGAGCGCGCGAUGGAGCAGCAGCAUCAGGAGCGGCCGCGGGAGGUGUACCGGGAGUGCAUGCGCAACCACGCGGCGAAGCUGGGCACCUACGCCUCCGACGGGUGCUGCGAGUACACCCCCGACGACGGUCAGCCCGCCGCGAUGCUCUGCGCCGCCUGCGGCUGCCACCGCAACUUCCACCGGAAGGCGUUCCUCGACGCAGCCGCCGGGGCGCCCGGCGGCGGCGGCGCGCAUGGGGCAAUGCUGGGCUCCCCUGGCGCGCCGGCUGGCUACGGCAUGCACAUGGCGCUGGCUGCCGCCGCCGGCUUGGGCGGGGACGGCGGCGCGCAUGGCUCCGCGGGCAGGCGGCGGACGCGGACCAAGUUCACGGAGGAGCAGAAGGAGCGCAUGGCGCGGUUCGCGGAGCGGCUCGGCUGGCGGAUGCCCAAGCGGGAGCCCGGCCGCGCGCCGGGGGACGACGAGGUGGGGCGCUUCUGCCGGGAGAUCGGGGUGACCAGGCAGGUCUUCAAGGUCUGGAUGCACAACCACAAGGCCGGCGGCGGCAGCGGUGGCGCGGGCGCCGGUGGCGUCGCUCAGACGUCGUCGUCGACGACGCGUGGCGGCGGUGGCGUUGGAGGAGGAGGAGGGAGCAUGUCGCCGGUGAUGGGCGGCGACGGCGAGGAUGACGAGGAGGUGAGGGGCAGCGAGAUGUGCAUGUAACCGCCGCACUACGUGUGUGGUGCGUGGCGCGCGCGGGCGGUUGCAAUGGCAUGACAUGGCUGCGAUCGAUGAUUAACAACCUCCUUUUGCUGCUGAUUCCUUUUCGUGAUUUUGCUUCGGUGAGUUCAUGAUUGAUGAUGAUGAUGAUGGAUUCAUUGUUCAAACGGCUCUACUGAUGCUGUGCUAUUGUGAUCAUUCAUUCAUUUAUAUGUU